AUGGCGAUUUAUAGCUCUGUGACUGGAGCUGUGUCUUCAUUGCUCAGUCCCGUUACAUCACAAGCCUGGGGACCACUUGUUACUCUAUGCAAGAAUGGCACACUUUCGCAAUUUCAAAACUUGAAGCAUGGCAAGCUGGUGCUAUUCGAAGGCGGUUCAAGCAAGGCUUCCUCUGUGUUUGGUUCUGACAAAGAGGGCCUUCCAAUUGCUUUCCUUGACGUGCUCGACGAGAAAUUCUGGGUGCGAUUGGCGCUUUUCGCAGACAUGGGCUUUGCAGAGAGCUACAUGUUGGGAGAAUUUACAACGCCAGACUUGACCAAAUUCUUCGAGCUUUUCAUUCUAAAUCGCAACUAUCUUUCCAAUGGCUCAACUUUUACCUCAGCCGUCUCCUCUGGCCUCGCCGGCCUGGUACGAGGCAGCAAUAACCUCAAAAACGCGCGCCUCAACAUCUCCGCGCAUUACGACAUCUCCAACGAAAUGUUCGCCGCCUUCCUCUCACAAGACAUGACGUACUCAUGCCCGAUAUGGCUACCGAAAUCAAACCCAGAAUCCGCGAGCGAAAGCCUCUACGAUGCACAAAUGCGAAAACUCGACCGCUUCAUCGAUAAUACACACAUCAAGGGCACAGAUCAUGUUCUGGAGAUUGGUACCGGAUGGGGAAGCUUCGCCAUGCGCGCCGUACAGCGGACAGGCUGCAGAGUUACAUCCCUGACCCUCUCAAUUGAGCAAAAAGAGCUAGCAGAAGAGCGGAUACGAGAAGCCGGCAUGUCAGACAAAAUCAAAGUCCUUCUAUGUGAUUACCGUAGUUUGGAAGUCCCAGAAACAGGACCCUUCGACAAGGCGGUAUCAAUCGAGAUGCUGGAGGCUGUGGGCAAAGAAUAUUUGGUCACAUACUUCAGGUGCAUCGACAAGCUACUCAAGAAGGAGGGUGGUGUAGCAUGUUUCCAAUGCAUAACCAUGCCCGAUGCGCGCUACGAAGCCUAUGCCAAAUCCGAUGACUUUAUUCGUCGGUACAUCUUCCCCGGUGGCCAUCUCCCCGCCGUAUCCGAACUUGUCGCUAGCAUACAAACUGCAUCAGGUGGAUCGCUUGUUGUCGACAGCGUAGAAAACAUCGGCCCACACUACGCGAAAGCGCUACGAUUAUGGCGGGAAGAGUUCCUGGAUAACUGGGAAGGCAAAAUCAAGCCGCAGCUCAUCAAGGAGAAGAGCACGGAAGGUAUGGAUGACGAGGGUGCGGAGGUGUUUAAGAGGAAGUGGGAUUACUACUUCAGGUACUCGGAAGCAGGAUUUUCGACAAAGACGCUAGGAGACGUUAUCAUUACGGUGGGAAGAGAAGGUGCUAUGCAGAUGAUGGAGGAUGUACCGCUGUAA